AUGGAGAGGAAGCUUGGUGUGAAACGUGAUCAGUUAAUUACGAAGAAUAACGAAGAGAUUACAAAAUUAGAAGCUCCGUCAACAAGCAAGACGAAAACCUUAUCGAGCAAAGCACCGAUCGAACAUGCUAUAGUUAAUCAUGGCCAGGUCAAUGGGGAGAGUACGAAGGACGAUCAAAGAGUCAAACGAGGUUCACAAGCCAAAACGGUGUCGUCUAAAAGAGUGUCGAGAACUUGGAAAGUUCCUAAAUAUUCAAAGAAGCAGCCUAAAUCAGAUCAAGAACAUCCUGGAUUUAGUCUCGAUUAUAUGCAGCCCACCACGCACCCGCCUCAUCAUAAUUAA